AUUAUUCAAACCAUUAACAUGAAAAAAAAUCCAUCAGAGUUAGUAGCUGGAAAAGGAAAAAAAGAAAAUAAAGCCAGAGAUGAGCUAUUAUCAAUUUUGAGUGAUAACAAAAAACACGGUUUUUCCUUCUUCCCUGUCUUUCUCUGUCUUCUCUUACUUUUUAUAUUACUCUCAAUUCCCAUUAAACUUUCAAACUUUCAGCCAUAGUUAAGCUUCUUCCCUUCAGAAAACAUCGACUGAAGUUGCUCCUAGAUUAAAGAAGCUUCAAUUUAUAAUACUCUGCCCCUUAAACUAGCAAGCCUGAUCUGCUGCAUAGUCGUCUAAAUAAAAAUUGACGGGGAUAAAUAAGUUGCUGUGUUGGUUUGCAGUUUUCUUCUUUUUGUUGGGUUUCUCUGCUUGCACUUCGAUUUCUGAUGGUGUUUUCGACUCUUUCACUUCUACUGGAAGGCACCUCCUUCAAGCUAAGAAAGGUAAGUUAGGAAGAGUUGGGUUAGUGACAAAUCUGAUGAGCCUUCACUGUGCUGCUGAACAAUCUGCUUGUUGUCUAGGGCAAUAUACAUCCUGAUUCAAGGCUAGGCAUAGAAAACCCUUUGGAGUGCCUAUUUUCUAGCAGUUUGGCAUCAUAUUAUAAGGACCUUCAUUUGCUGCUCAUCAUCUCCCAUCCAACAGUUACUGCUUCCUGCUCCUCCUGCAGCUGUUGGUUCAACUGAAGCUGCCAUUUAAUCUUCGAAUUAAUAUUUGGUACUAGCGACCACCUGAAUAAUAAAUACACCACAUCCAUUGACAUCUGGUCUGCCGGCUGUGGCAGUCUCUGUUUCUUGGUGAGAGUGGAGUAGACCAGCUUGUUGAAAUUAUUAAGGUACGUUUUAGUUUAAAAUUUCGAUCAAUAAUAGUUUUGUGUAUCAUCUUUAGCAGUUAAUCAUUUGACGAGUAAUCAUUUGGUGAAACUUAUAUUUGGCGGAUAACCUUGGGAUGUUAUGUUUUAAAAUUUUCCAUUUGAAUCUUAAACAUGCUUGAAUCUAUUGAUGAUUGCUUUUAAAUGUGUUUAGAAUAGUUUUAAUGAUUUUAAAGCGGAAUUUCUUGUUAACCUUUGCAUGUAAAUGUUCCUGUAUUUUAUUGUAGGAUCUCGUAACCUGAAUUCGGUGAUCGGACCGAAGAAGGGGUGUUACAUAAAUUAAGUAGACAGAAGAUUAAAUUGUAUUUGUUUUCAUGAUUAACUUUAGAUUCAGGUUUUUAACAAAUUAGCUAAGGAUUAACCUAGUUAAUACCUUUCGGCCUAUAACCAGAUUAAUUGAUCGAUUCAACCUACUUAUCUUUCAACCUAAUAGCUUAAAUCGGAUUAGAUUAAGUUGGUGCUAAGUAGGUUAUUCUUUCAGCCUUAUCUACUUAAGUUAAUUCCUGGUGUCGUUAAUCUUAAGGUUUAAUCUCACUUAACUUAUACUAACUAAUUUGUGGUAAAGCCCGAACCUUCAAUCAAUCACUCCUACUUUCGCUUGUCAACUUUCCUAGAGUUUUUAGUUCUUGGCAAUACUAGAUGCAACUUGCCCUACUCGAAUAUUUCCCAUUCAAAUUAAAUGUAAAAAUAAGAGGAGUGGAGAGAAAUCUAAAUCUGAAAAUAUUUGUUGAAGCUUUGAUUUGUGAAACUCUUGAAUUGUUUCGGUUGAAGUAGAAACAAAAAUAAAGUAAAAUUGCUGAAAGAACUAAAACUAAAAUUCAAUUAAAAUAAUAGUAUUUGGAAUAGAAACUGAAUUAUUUGCAACUAAAAUAUAAUAAAUAAAUUAUCUUUAAGUCAAUUUCUUUUGUGGAACAAAAUGUUUAUAAUUAAUAAAUUAAAAUUUAAAGUUAUAUAAGAUUCAAUAUAAAAUCUUUUUUAUAAGCGAUAUUCACUUCUAAUUGUAAAGCUAGAAAAAAUUGAUAUAAAAUAAUAUUAUAUGAAUUUGGUAAUGACAUAUGAUUAAAUAAAAUAAAAUAAAUUAAACAUUUAAAGUUUUAAUUGAGUUAAUGCCACUCUCAACUGAAUCUUAAUUUAAUUUAAAAUUUAUUAAAAUUUUCCUAUAUUAUCAAAGGGGUAAAAUAGAGUUUUGAAAAUAUUUUUAUCCUUUUAUGUUUUCAUAAAAAAUUUAGAUUCAAACUCAAAACAUUAUAAAUUCGUAUAUUUAAUAUUAUAUAAAUAUUUUUACAAAUUUAUUAGUAGUGACUAAUCUAUCGAUCUUUCUUUUGUUAACUUUCAUAUCGAGCAAGUAAUAGAUUGGGUCAGGCCUACUUUGCCCAACAUGGGCGCUGGGAGCCUAAUCGGAUCCAAGCCCUGUUUUUUGGUCUAAAUAGUUUGUUCAACCGUUCAAGUGUCAGCCAUUAUCAGUGUUUGAACUAAUACAACAUUAAAAAUAGUUAUAAUUUAUCCAAAAUAUUGGAGCAAAGUCAAAGAACAGAGGAAGAGAUAAAUUUGGAUUUCUCGAAAUCGAUCCAACAUCCGAAGUUCUUACAGAUUUCAAAUCCUUACAAGGUUUUGAUAUGGAGAGAAUUAGAGAGAGAGUGAUCCAGAUAUAUGGCAACUUAGUUAGUUUAUUGCAGAAAUGUAUAUUUUGCAUUCUUUCUGUUGGUCCCAUACCUAAUCAUAUUGCAUUUAUUAUGGAUGGGAAUCGAAGAUUCACAAAGAAGUGCAAGUUGAUGGAAGGAGCAGGCCAUAAAGUUGGAUUUUCAGCUCUCAUGUCCAUGCUCAAGUACUGCUAUGAAUUUGGUGUGAGAUACGUAACAGUCUAUGCCUUCAGCAUUGAAAAUUUCAAGCGAAGUCCUGAAGAAGUUCAAUCAUUAAUGGACUUGAUGCUAGAAAAGAUUGAAGAGAUACUCAAGAAACAGAGCAUUGUCAACCGCUAUGGUGUUAGAGUUAUAUUUUCAGGGAACCUGAAACUCUUGAGUGAACCAGUUAGGUUGGCAGCGGAGAGAGCUAUGCUUGCCACUGCUAAGAACUCCAAGGCAGUCUUGUCCAUUUGUGUUGCCUACACUUCCACUAAUGAGAUCAUGCAUGCUGUUCAAGAAUCUUGUGAAGAAAAAUGGGAUGAAAUUACUCUAUUGAAUUCAAGUGGAGCAGGUUAUGGCUUAAUCAGCCUUGGAGGAUAUGAACAGGAUGAAAUGGAUCACCUUAUAAAACUUACUGAUAUCGAGAAGCAUAUGUAUAUGGCAGCUGCACCUGACCCUGAUAUCAUAAUACGUACUUCUGGUGAGACACGUUUGAGCAAUUUUCUUUUAUGGCAGAGUGCAAACUGCUAUUUAUACUCGCCUUCGGUUCUUUGGCCGGAGAUUGGUUUUCGUCAAUUUCUGUGGGCCAUAUUGAAUUUUCAGCAAAUUCAUUUUUACUUGGACAAGCUAAGGAAACAGUCAUAAAAGCUUCCUUGAUAAUGAUAUGCUAGAAUUAAAAGAUAGAAAAUACAAAACUGAUAGGAGAAAUUAAGAGAGUUUUAUGGGAAUUUUGUGAGAACUUUGUUUUUUAGUUCGGAUUUGUUUUGAUUAUCCAUCUCGUACUCUUUCGGUUUUGCUUGUUAGUGAAGUUUUAUUUGCUCGUGGUUUUUAUCUUCUUUGGAGGAGUUUUUCACGUAAAA